AUGUCUUCUCAUACCGCGCUCUCUGACGCAGCUCUCUCUGACCUCGCUUCAAAGCUACGGUACGCUAACGCGCGUUACGGCCAGAUCGCUUUUCAACUGCGCUGUCGGAUAACAAUCACGCGCACGUAUCACGCACAACGACGUGCUUUCUGGUCUGGCUUGCGCGUCGAUAUAGCAAAGGCUAAGGAUUGUCCUUCGACUGCAAUUUCAAUCAAGCCCCUGCCUGUCCUUGACACGACACCGAGUCCAUUGCCGCUUAUGCUUUCACCGCUUGCACUUGCUGCCGAAGCCCGCAACGAACUUGGCUUGGAGAUUCCAGACAUUAUCGUAUCUCCCCCCGAUGCCUACGCCCAGCCCCGCAAGCGCCUUAUCAUUCGGAUCCCACCGCUUGUUAGCCUUUAUGACCAUAUGUACCGCCAUGAACAUUGUGACACGUCUGCUCCGGGCGCGCCACUCAUUCGGACCAAGGAAUUACCCGACUGCGAGAUGGAUGAAGUGUUCUCUUCAAGUUCAUCUUCUUCCGCGUCUUCCACCCCCCUCUUAACACCCAUUGACAUUGUUCACUCCGGUCUUCGUAUCAAAAUUCCGGCGAGGAAGCGCAAGCUUGGAGAGGCUGACGACGAAGAUUCCUGUCCGGACAAUUCUGACAUUCAGUUUCCCAGGAAGCACAUGAGGAAGCGCUGGGCUUGUUCACAGGCGACUAACGACCGACUAUAUUGGUCUCCUCAUCGGUCACAAAUUGCCUCGCUUUGA